AUGGUCACCGUUCUACUCACUCUUCUUCAAGUAUACAUUGUGCUUGGUCAAGCCAGUCACACAUGUGAGGACGAACAGGAUCCAACUAUCCUUCCCAAAUCCAGUUAUUACGCUACUUUGAGAUUUUGUAACCUUCACAUCUCAAUGGAACCAAUAAAAGGUCUGCCCGAAAUACAGUACCACAGCUGUACGUAUUCUGCUCGCAGGGGGUUAUUCUUUAAAUGGAGCGACAAUUCUCUCGCCGUUGUAGUCCCAUAUGAAUCCACUUACGUAAUAGGGAUCGUUCCAGUAGACGAAGUUCUGGAGGGUAAACGCGCAAAUGCAACAGUGGAGAUGAGCAGUAAUAAUGUGUUCAGAUUUAUUGGACUAACUGCCAAGACACACCCACAAACGUGCCAUCGUCUCCCAAAAGAGGUGGCGUCGCUGAACUCUAACAAGAUUGAAGACGAGGUAACAAUUCCGCUACCUUCACAAGGUGUCUAUGAGCCAGUAUUAGGCUCGUAUGUGACAGAGGACGGUACGAGUCAUGUAUGGAUAAUGCACCGUUCGAGAGUAUUUUAUAACAUUAAUAUUGAGCAGUACAUGAAAAUCGGUAAAGCUGCAGUGGAGGCACAUCGACUGGAAUAUGUGAGAAAUCGUUUUUAG